AUGUAUAGUGGUGUCUCUGGAUAUGGAUUCAUAGCUCGGGACAUGACAUUUGAGAACACGACAGGGCCCGAGAAUAAUCAGUCAGUGGCUCUCCGAUCAAAUUCUGAUAGAUCAGUCUUCUACAACUGUAGCUUUAAAGGCUACCAAGACACAUUAUAUGUCUACAGGGGAGCUCAAUUCUACCGUAACUGUGACAUUUAUGGAACUGUAGACUUUAUCUUUGGUUAUGCAGAAGUGGUGUUUCAAAACUGUAACAUUUACAUUUGGAAGCCAUUGAGCUACCAAAAGAACACAAUUACGGCACAUGGAAGAGAAUCGUUGGAAGACAAUACAGGAAUAAUUAUCCACAAUUCUCGUAUUACUGCUGCUACCAAUAUGAUAGGCGUAACAUCGAUUGAAAGCUAUUUGGGGCGGCCGUGGAAAAAGUAUUCAAGAACUGUGGUUAUGAAAUGUACGAUCGAUGAAUUGAUUCAUCCCGCCGGUUGGUUGCCGUGGAAUGGUAGUUUUGCUCUGAACACUCUCUAUGAUGGAGAGUAUUUGAAUACGGGAAGUGGGGCAAAUACCAACGGAAGGGUAAAAUGGCCAGGAUAUCAUGUGAUUCAAAACUCAACAGAGGCAUCAAAGUUCACAGUGGAUAAUUUUUUAAGUGGGAAUUCGUGGAUUCCAGCCACCGGAGUGCCGUUUGAGGGUGGGUUGUGA